CAAGAAGCACAUGGAUACGAUUCAAAGUGACCUCACAAUAUUCACCACAUCCGGCCGUGGGCGUGAAUUUGAUGUAAAGGAACUGGGUCGAGAUUAAUCCGCUGUCCACAGGAACUCGGUCUUGACGAGUUCGAAGAAAAUCAACAACAUGAUUUAUAAUUCUGCGAAUGAAUCGAGCAGUCAGUCCUAUCCUGCCUAGAUCUUCUGAAGGAAUGCUUUCUCGCGAAUAAUAAUUUAAUUGAAAGGAUAAAUGGAAGUCGGCUGUCGUGUCGUGCGUGGUCCCGACUGGAAAUGGGGAAAUCAAGAUGGCGGCGAAGGCCAUGUAGGUACGGUGGUCGUCGUUGGCCGCAGCGGUAGUGUGUCUUCACCGGACAAAACUGUUGUUGUUCAGUGGGACGGCGGAACGAGGACUAACUACAGAUGUGGAUAUCAAGGAGCGUUUGAUCUAUGUUUGCUUGAUAACGGACCAGUUGGUGUAAUACACACUAAUGUGUCCUGUAGUGAGUGUAAGAAGCAAUCAGUCGAAGGCAUUCGCUGGGAAUGCAGUGACUGUGUGAACUUCAAUAUGUGUAGCUCAUGUUAUAUGAACGACAAACAUCCGCUGGAUCAUGUAUUUAAUAGAAUUGAAGCUCGUGGUAAACCAGGGGUUUAUGUUGGUAGAAGACUUGGGAAAAGCAAAGUUGAGGCCAAAGGAAUAUUUCGUGGAGCACAGGUCAUGAGAGGGCCUGAUUGGGACUGGGGAAAUCAGGACGGAGGGGAACAGAGUGUUGGUCAAGUUUUGGAAGUGAGGGGAUGGGAGACGGAGAGUUUUCGAAGUGUAGCAUGUGUGAUGUGGAAGCCUGCAAGUACAAAUGUUUACCGUGUUGGCCAUAAAGGCAAGGUGGAUCUAAAAUGCAUUUCUGAUGGUUCUGGAGGUUUCUACUAUAAGAACCACUUAGCAAAGCUUGGACAGAAUCCAGAAUCUCUGAUCAUUCCUUCAACAAGCAAUCAAGCAUCUAGUUUAGCUGUUAACACUGUACCAUUUGAAGUUGGUGAAAGAGUACGAGUGACAUUGGAUGUGGCUACUCUGAAGGACUUACAGGAAGGUCAUGGUGGAUGGAAUGAUAAAAUGGAAGAGGUUAUUGGUCUUAUGGGUACAGUUCAUAGGAUCACUGAGCGAGGUGAUGUUAGAGUACAGUACCCUGGCUUUGCCAACAGAUGGACGUUUCAUCCAGCCUCUCUCACAAAGGUUGACGAGUUUCAUGUUAAUGACAAAGUGCGUGUAAUGAAAGAUAAAGAAUUAGUCAAGAAACUACAGGCUGGGCAUGGAGAGUGGGCCAAUGAAAUGAUUGUGGCCUUAGACAAAGUUGGUAGGGUCUUAAAGAUUUACUCCGAUGGCGAUGUUAGAGUAGCCAUAGCAGACCAUGCGUGGACUUUCAAUCCAGCAGUACUUGUAAAGGAAGCAUCUGCAGCCACGCCUACAGAUCAACAGCCACGACAAUCCACAUCACAGCGUGGAGAGCUCCAAGGGAUCCUGCAGCCAUCCCCUUCAUCGACAUCAUCUUCUGCACAACGGCAGCAGCAUCCAUAUUCAACAGCUGAAGAACCAGGACAAUCUCAACGGUCACAAAGGGAAAUAGACCAAUCGCUGAGUUCUUUGUUAGAUCACCUGCGUAUUAACAGCUCAACUGACAUUGGAUCGAUGAUAAUCAGCGAAGCAGGACGAGGAAACUUGGACAAACUUAAAGAACUGUUACAUAUUCAUCCAGAUAAGGUUGACGAGUUUCAUGUUAAUGACAAAGUGCGUGUAAUGAAAGAUAAAGAAUUAGUCAAGAAACUACAGGCUGGGCAUGGAGAGUGGGCCAAUGAAAUGAUUGUGGCCUUAGACAAAGUUGGUAGGGUCUUAAAGAUUUACUCCGAUGGCGAUGUUAGAGUAGCCAUAGCAGACCAUGCGUGGACUUUCAAUCCAGCAGUACUUGUAAAGGAAGCAUCUGCAGCCACGCCUACAGAUCAACAGCCACGACAAUCCACAUCACAGCGUGGAGAGCUCCAAGGGAUCCUGCAGCCAUCCCCUUCAUCGACAUCAUCUUCUGCACAACGGCAGCAGCAUCCAUAUUCAACAGCUGAAGAACCAGGACAAUCUCAACGGUCACAAAGGGAAAUAGACCAAUCGCUGAGUUCUUUGUUAGAUCACCUGCGUAUUAACAGCUCAACUGACAUUGGAUCGAUGAUAAUCAGCGAAGCAGGACGAGGAAACUUGGACAAACUUAAAGAACUGUUACAUAUUCAUCCAGAUAAGGUGAACAUUGUACGAUCAGACAAGACUGCUCUGCAGAUUGCCAGCCACCAAGGUUUUACUAGAGUUGUGGAGUUUCUUCUUCAGUUGGGUGCAAAUGUCAAUCUACAGGACACUGAAGGUGACACUGCUCUUCAUUACGCAGCAUUUGGAAAAGGAAAUACAAGGGCUGCAUCGUUGAUUGUACAGAAGUCUCCAGACUUACUGAAUGUUGUCAAAGAUGAUGGAUUCUCUGCACUUCACUUAGCUUCACUAAAUGGACAUCACAGUGUUGUUGAAUGCCUUAUUAAGGCUCGCCCUCAUUCUGACGUCAACCUUCGUAACAGUCGUCAGCAGACCCCUCUCUUGCUAGCAGUGGAUAAGAGACACGUGACUAUUGCCAAACUGCUGUUAGAUAACGGAGCUCAAGUCAAUGCGCAAGACGAUGUUGGUGACUCCCCACUUCAUGUAGUGGUCAUGUAUCAUUCCUUGAAGUUUGGAGGAAGUAAUACUCCAAAGAAAGAGGUGUCUGAAAGCGAACCUACAUUUGUAAUCACCAAGCUACUGAUGGAUCACGACGCUGACAUCUCACUUCAGAACAAACAUGAAAAGACGCCAUUACAGCUGUGCAGGGAUCCAAGGCUCAGAGAAAUGAUGCUGCCUGGCAGUAGCAGUACUUCAACACCAGAACGGUCUUCUACACCGAAGACGACCGCUGAUACGCAAAAUGGCGCCUCUCCAGAUUAUGUAACGAUGUCGACCCAGGCUACUCCCAGUGCUGAAGUUGUUAAAUGUCGCGUGUGCGGUUUACCUGCAAACGCCAUAUUUGAUCCGUGUGGUCACGUAGUUGCUUGCAUGGAAUGUGCUACAAUGUUGAAGAAGUGUUUCCGUUGUAAGAGUGUAGUUCAUUCCUUUAACAAAGUACCUCAGGGAGGGGAGAGUGAGGAAGUACAGUGUAUAGUGUGUUCGGAUGAGCCACCCUCCGUCAAGUUUGAGCCUUGUGGUCACGUGAUAGCUUGUAAAGACUGUGCCAUGCGAAUGAAGAAGUGUUUGAAAUGCAAGAAUGUUAUUGAAAGAAAAAUCUUAAGUGAAGAAACAUCUACCCAACCAGCGGCGGAAUUAAGUGAAACGGACGAGAAAUACCUAGAGACGCUUCAUUCAUUGUUGUCACUCCAAGCGCAUGUCAGGGAGAUAGAAGACGCUACCAUGUGUGCCAUUUGCCUGGAGAAAGCGCGUAACGUGGCCUUCAUGUGCGGACACGGCACGUGCGUGGAGUGUGCAACGUCAUUGGAAGUUUGUCCUAUGUGCAGGAAACCGAUCGAGAAGAAGAUUACGCUGUUCAAUUGAUUUAAGUGCUUUUAUGAUCGCGUGGUCCUGGGGACAACUUUAUUUUGGGGGCACAUUGAUAGAUUUUGUUCAUGUGAGUGGAAAUUCCCACACAGGUUUUGCGCGCGGUAUAUGGUCGUCACAAAACCUUGCGUGACGUUGCAAAGAGUUUCUAAGAGCGAUACAAGUAUUUGUAAAGAUAAACAAUGUUUUAUAAUCUCGCUCGCGAGACGACUUAGAGGACUUUUGUGCUUUUAGGAACACUCGUAAAGUUGUGGUAAUGGUAAACUGUCGACUGCCGCUUAUAAACCCUAGGCUUAUACAACUUCGUAAGUACUUUUAGAUUAGUUUAUUAACGGGGGGCUUAUAUGCGAGCGGGCUUAAAACGGGAAUAAAAAACCGUUUUAGGAAUUGAUGAGGCUUUUUGACCAUGACCUACUUUCUCAACAAAAUAAAGAGAAUUCAAAGGAAACUUGUACUUCAAAAAAUGUUUGUUGCCCAGUAGGAAGAAUUUAUAUAUUUUGAUAGCCAAUUACUUCCGGUCAACACUUACAAAAAAUAUAUUCCGUGGAAUUCUUUAGAAGGAAUAAAUUUUAAUGGUUGGAAUGUGUCUGCCCCACAGGUACUUGCAAAGCUAUUUAAUCAUUAUUUAUCUGUGUAUAUUUUCCGGCCCUUGUCUUGAAAUUUAAUGUGACAUUUUGUCGUUAUCCGUCUUAUCGUUGGCCAAUCAGACACGCAGCACGAAGGAUGCUGUUCGCGUGCAACAGAAUAAAAAGUGAAGUUUGUGAGAACUUGGAUGAAACGCUGGCGUCUUUUAUCUGAUAAUAUAGAGAGUUUGAGCAAACCACGACGGCAGUGGCAACGAGAACGUCACCAAACAUACAGUGUAAUGAGCAAAACAAUGGCUGUGCGCGUGCGUUAUAAAUCUUUGUAGAUUUCGUUUCCGUCCUCUGCAAAACAACAACGUGAAUUACCAAGUUUUGCGUAGUUUGAAGAGCGUGAUCUACGACGGCUAAUUUUUCGUAUUCUGUUCUGGAAUUGAUCGCUGGCGUCACAUCUUUGAGUAGGGUUUUAGAUCUAAAUUUUUUUAGGUGUCGUCCUGGGCGUCGCCGUCGUAAUUGCUUAAUUAAGCUCCCUAUUUCAAUAUUGUUAUUGUGUAGAGUCGCACAUUAUCGUGAUAGAGUCCACUGAGGUUCUUAAGGUGAUCAUGGAAUCAUUUUAUCACGUAUAAUGUUAUGUUGCUAGUGGGUAGUCUGACAGAUUCUUGUGUAUUUUCAUCAUCCAGUGUAAAACACUAUUAAUAGGGAUUUGGUGGUCAGGCCUGUUUCAAAAUGCGCUGUAAACGCAUUGUAUACAUCAGUCUUAAUAAAAAAUUUAUAAAAAAC